CUCCCGCUCUCUCCCUCAUCUCAGCGCCUUAUCCCCGUUUCUCGCUGCUCUUUCGGGUCUCUCCGUGUCACAGACCGGCCCGGGGGCCGUUGUGGGAGGCCCCGAGGAGCCGCACUCGCAGCGAUCGGCCGCGGGAGGGUGCUGCGGGCCGCGCCGCAGAAGAUGUCUGCGCUGUGGUGCUGGUGGCUGCCGGCGCUGCUAUGGGGAACCACGGGCGGCUACGUGGUGCUCAGCUCGGUGUCCUGGCCGCUGCCCGAGGAGGGGGGAGCGGCCGACGAGCUGCACAGCUCCUCCACUGAGGAGGCUCUGCCCGGUCUGCUGGAGGAGGCGGGCGGCCUCUGGAAGCAGAGCUUCCCGGCCUCGGCGUACCGGGAGGACGCGGCUCUGGGCUCCGGGGCAGCGGCGCGGCGCUCGGAGCAGGGGGCAGCCCCCUCCCGCAUGUUCUCGUACCGCCGGCAGCCCGCAGCACCGCCGGGACGAGCCGCCAUCGCCCGCCGCAUCGCCCGACACGGAGCAUGGGGCUUCGUGGCCUCCCGGGCCGCACACGGAAAGAUCCAAGGAAUGCCCUAUGGGAACCUUUUGCCUAUCAGUGACGGUCCUGUCAAUAACAGCACUGGGAUCCCUUUCUUUUAUGUGACACUAAAAGAUAACGCAGUGGCAGAUCUCCUGAAGGAUCCUGUAGCUUCACUGACCCUACCAGAAUCAGAUGGAAAUUUCUGCAGAAAAAACGUAGUUGAUCCGGAGGAUCCAAGGUGCGCCAGACUGACACUCACAGGACAGAUGGUCACAGUGCCUCCAGAGGAAACGGAAUUUGCCAAGCAAGCAAUGUUUUCUAGGCACCCAGUGAUAAGAAAGUGGCCUCGUAGCUACGAAUGGUUCUUCAUGAAAAUGAAUAUUGAGCACGUCUGGCUUCAGAGCUGGUAUGGAGGUGUUUCUACCAUUGCAGUAGAAGAGUAUUUAAAAGCAGUUCCAAGUAAAGCUUGAUUGAAUGGGCUUUGAGGGAGAGAUUGAUAGUGUUUCCUUUCUGAACACUUUACAAAUUUCACUCUGAAUGGUUAUUUUACAGUGAUAUAUAUACUUUAUUUUCAAAAGGCUUCAAAAUAGCUCUGUCUUACGUGGAGCAGGGUGAAAAUAAGCCAACACAGACUUUCAAAUUAUAAAGGAGAGGUAGACAGCAGCCCUACCCUGCAAUGUAGAAACACGUCAUUUCAAACAGGCAAUGUAUCAUCUUGAAUGCUUUAUGUGUUUGUUUAGAGUUUCAGUUUUUCUUUUCUUUACAUGCAGUCACUCACUAACUAUAAUGUUCUGUUUCACAUAGAAGGCAAACUUGCCUAUUCAAAACCCUCCAUGUAUUGUGGAAGUAUUAUUGCUGCUCAGUCUCUCUAUCUAGAAGCACUCUCUGCAAAACCUAAUAACUGCACCUUUAGAUACUGAAGUUGUUGAAGGAUUGUGCUAAAACUGCUCUCGUUUGCUAACUUGUAUUUUCCACAUGCAUUUUUUUCCUAGUUGCCCUAAUUUGAUAUUUCACUCGGAAAUUGAGUAGAAAGGCUCCAAAGACUAUUUGUGAGGAAUAAAAUGCAAGCUGCUCAAACAACACAACUUCAGUAGAACUUGUUUUCUACUGACACAAAGCUGGUUAUACAUGUUAAGAGCCAAAACCAAACCAGGCUCACAGGGAUUAUCCCAAUACAACCAUAAACAUUAUCCUAAGAAGAACUGAAGGAUUCUCAGCUAGUCUGUUUCUGUUAUGAAAGACAAAAAGUCUAUCAAUAGCCCGCAGUCCCCAAUUUUUUGUACCCCAUCUCCAGCCACCGCUUUAUUUUUUAACUUGUUUAUGUAAUGGGCUUCUGUAAAACCUCACCAACAAAUCUAGGUGUGGAGCCAGUCCCUUAAUUCCCAUUUCUUCCCUAAGUUUUAAAGGGUUUGUUCAUGGUUGGUUCGUUCGUUCGUUUAUUUAUUUAUUUAUUUAUUUAUUUAUUUAAGAAGUCUGAAGAGAGAUAUUUCAGACCAUAGAAUGGCCUGGGUUGAAAAGGACCCUAAUGAUCAUCCAAUUUCAACCCCCCCUGCUAUGUGCAGGGUUGCCAACCACUAGAUCAUCAAAAUACUCAGUUUCCUAGCAAUCUUAUUCUGCAAUUCCUAAUGGUGUGAUAGAGGAAAAGGUCCCGUGGCUAGCUGGUCACAUCAUGACACAGUUUGAAAAGGCUGCUUUCCUUGUUAGGUUAAGAAAGAGGCAGAUUGAGAUGGCUUUCUCUGUGUCUCUGGGAGGGAAGCAGAGCCCUUGGCACUAGUCCACACCGAGGCAGGCAUGAGUAGUGUGAGUUUCUCAGUGAGUGACCUGAGUUUUUACAGGUUAAUCCCUGGCCAGAGCUCCAAGGCUGCUCAGGGAGCUGUGACCACCUGGAAGCCAAUUAAGUGUAGCUGAGCUUAUUUUGGUUCAGGCAUGAAGAACAUAAUUCUCUGAACAAAUCUGGGCACUGUGCUGUUUUAACUUCCAGGGCUACUUAGAUCUUGGCUUCAAGUCUGCAGGCAUCACAAAUGUUCCUAAUAUUCUGUAAGAACUGAAGGAAGAUGUAGGGGAGAAACUUUCUUUAGACAUUUGGUAAGCAUUUUUUUUCUUGUCUUAUUGCCAGCGAGUCUGCAGAUCUCUUGCAGAGGUAAUUACACAAGAGGAGGAAGUGUCCUGUCUGAAUGUAUUUCCCGUAUUUUCUUGGCAGAUGAGCAGCAUCCUCCCAUCUAAACUUGUCCCUGAAUCUGGUGCUGUGUAGUCCCGAAUCAGUACAAACGUAUAGAAUACCAUUCAGUGAAAUCAUUCUUGAUUCGAAUAAUUUUGCCACGGACAUCUUUGUGCACUAUGGAAUUGACCCUUUGUCCACUAGGUUUAAUGGGACUUUCAAAACAGAGGUCAGUAGGCAGAGUCCUUGGCUCUCAAAGGGAAUCUCCACAGGUCCAAGCUACAUAUUCCUGUGCUUCCAUCCUUAUGCAGCUUGGUAACAGGGAUGUAUUAUCCAUUACUGACUAACGCUCUUGCCUUAAAGCAGUAAGGGAGUGUGUUUAGAUACUUAGAUAAAGAGUUUUACCUGUUUAAGAAGCGUGUGCUAGAAGAAAGGUUUUGAAUUCAUACUACUUUCUGUGUCCCUGCACAGUUAGAUUAAUUGGAGGCAUAUACCGUGUUAUAAAUUGACACAUUCAUCGGUGAGCUUUUCUAUACCGACAAGCCUUGAGAUUCUUGUCAGAAGCUCAAGACACAAAGCAGGAAUGUCACGUAAAGUGACAAAAGAGCCUUCAUAAAGAAACACUGCUGUAAAUCACAUCUCAUGCUUUCUUCUUCCAAGGAAUAGCUUCCAUUAAAGUUCUUGAAAGUCUCCAGAAAUUCAUCAAAACUAUCAUGUGCAGAUUUUUGAAUGGAAUUUUCCAGAGCACAAAAAGGGGAAGACACAGUCGGUGAUUUGUUUAACCAUGCUUUACAUUAUUAAUUACACACUACUUCCAUUUUUUUCCAUAAAGAGGCAAAUGUAUCAACUGAUAUCGGCCGUCAUAGGCCAAAUGAUGUUUGUAAAAGCUCUUAAUUGAAAGAGUCUUAUUAAGAUAGAAUAAUGAGAUCAGAUUUCCUUGAGACUGUGAAGGGUCUCAUCUUGCUUCAGCUUAAGUCAGUAGCAGAACUCCUAUUUAUUUGUUGUGCUUUGGUUAUUAGAUCAAAGAACUAUUUUUAGAAGGCCUGGAUAAGCUCUGGCAAAUUUAUUAAGUAUUUCAGCUGGUUGAUAUGUAACUUAUUGCCACGUGUCCUGUAUUUUACUUAUUUCUUUAGCUUCCCCAAAAACACUUGUUGUGCAACACCUAUUAUUUAAAACUUCAGCUGGGGUUUUGCAAUAUUUAAGAGAUGCACUUAAUCAUGUCUGUGUUAUUUGCUGAGAAAAAGGAAGACAAAGCUCUGAACCCUGUGCUCAAAUGUUUUGCUAAAUUGUGCACACAUCAUGCAUGCACAGUAUUUAAGCACAGCUAGUCUCAACUGCUGUUCUUAUUUAACCAAAGAAUACUCCAUUACUGAUGAAAUUUUCAUCACUUAGCUGGAUGAAGUCCCGUAUGUUUUAUUUCUGGAUGUGUACUGCAAUCUGCAAUGCAUUUUGAUUUCUAAAGAUACUGAAUGUUAACAAAACAUUGAGGCCUAUCGAGGACAAAAUGCAAAUAAAAACAGUUUUCAAAGAGGAA